AUGGAGCUGCACCGGUGGCUCACUGAAGCAGCGGCGGCCACCGACCACGCACUUGCGAACCCCUUGGGUCCCCGAAAUGCGAGGCCCAAGGACCGGAUGAACAUGCAGCACUGUCACCUGCCGUGCCUCCCGGAGAAUUACCAGAUGAAGUGCUACUUCCACCACUGGCUCUCCCAGCCCCAGCUCUCUGACAUAACAGGGGACAAGAAUGGGGAGAUUGUUGGCCACGUGCUGGCCAGAAUGGCGGAGGACCCAGAGGACGUGCCCCGUGGGCACAUGACAUCGCUGGAGCUGAAGCUGAUGGACCAGGCCUGCCAAGCUAGGAUUGAGAACUUCCACGUUAAUGUCUCUCUGCACGACAGGAGGAGUAAUGGAGCCGCCCAGCACCUCCACUCCAACACCUUCAACUUCCAGAUCAGGGAAGUGGAGCCCAAGUCCCACGCGGAUAGGGAAGAUGCGUGUGCCAGGAAACGGGGUCUCACCCAGAUGGCGGGAGAACUGAGGUGGCAGCUGCAGCUGAAGGAGAAGGGCAGGCCCGUGUUGCUGGGGCCCAUCGACAAGAGCAACUCACUGCCAAGUGCAGGCGAGGCCUCCCGGGAGCAAGGACCUCAGGUUAUUGUGACCACAGAGAGCACGAUGUCAAGAUCAGCUCAGAGGCCUCCGACUCAGCCUCCUAAGCCUGACCAAUCCCCAUUGGGCUGCAGCCCCACCUCCCCCUACCUACUCGAUCACCCAGUAAAGGUCACCCCUGUCCUAGGAGGAGCAAAAAUGAGAGUGAAGACAUGGCUAUGUGAAAAUGGAGCUCAUGACCAUGAGAUCGGGUUGAGAAGAAAGAACACUAGAUAGUAAUGCGGCGCUGCGUGAAGAACAGGCCUUCCCGGGGAUGUAGGGCAGCCUCAGGUACCUGCUGAUGUUGACAAACACAGCCGUUUUCUUCGUCUUCCGGAAGAAGUCCUUGUUGCAAAGCUCCUUGGUUGCAGGUGUUAGGGAGCAGGCGACCACGAUGAAAUCAGACAUGGCGGCCAGCUCGGGGACAGACACUAGAGGAGGGCCGGGUUCCAUCAGACACCGAUGCCCAGAUGAGGGGCAGUAAGGUGGGGGGAGACCAGGCUCUCCCCUCCCCCCCUGCAUCAUGGA